AUGCCAGGAGGCCCCGUGGCUACCAGCCCGGCGCGGCGAGCCAGAGGACUGUUCCCAUCAGGUCUCCAUUUCUUGAAGCAGCAGAGCCGCUUGACUGGGGUGGGGAAGCAACGUCAGUCACUUCCGUGGUCACUUCCGUGGCUCCCUCGCACUCCCGACCCCGCCUCGGCCUCGCCUCGCUGCUGCUCCCAGCCUGGGCCUCAGCUGCCUCGCCUGCCCCACCUGGCCGGCCAACUGCCACCGCGCAUGCGCCCAACUCUCAAAAUGAAAAUGAAAAGAGGAAAUCUUUGUAUCCUGUUGACUUCAAAUCGGCAAAUGAAAGGGUCCACUCUCAAAUCUUACUCUGAGCCUAUUCCUUUAGAUGAGACUCUCAUCUAUGUCAGCCCUUUGCUCCAGGUCACCUCAAUCCUGAUGGACAAGGCUCUUGGCAAGCCUAGAUAUUCUAACUCCCAUGUGAAUCAUGGGAGACCUGGAAUGCAAAUGUCUUCUUGCAUCCUCUUCACGAAACUGAAGCCACCCUCUGUUGGCAUGAAGUUGUCCUGCAAACCUUCUCUCAGACUCUCAGCAAAAGAUGGGGCCAAUAGACCUCCACCCGUGCUGUUCUCCUCCAUCUACACAGCAAGAUCAUUUCCUCUACCGAUAAACAAUUGUAGAACAAGAGAAAAUAGAAAAAUCAGGAAUCGUCCAUUACAUAAAUAUCAUUCGGCAAAGAAGGAAGAUUUGAUCCCCUUGUGCAUUGAAGAUGAACUGAAAAACCCAAAGGCCAAGAUAAUCGACAUAAGUACAACCAAGAGAGGAACAUCUCACAUGGAACAAAGUGAAACACAUCCCAUGAUUUUCCAUGACUCAAGACAUAUACAAGCAUUACUUUUGAGAAGAAAUAGAUUUUCUUCCCAUUUUAAGGAAAGAGAACAUUUUUACCAAUACAGAAGAACAAAUUUUGUUUUAGAAAGAAAUUGUGCCAUCCUAAAGUCUUUAAUCAGAGAGCCAUCUGUUCCUGUCUGCAAACCCCAAGGUUCGUUGUCCACAGCAGAGAAAGGAGCUAUAAAAGCUAUAGCUACUGAAAUGAUCCACAGAGCUGUGCAUGAUAAACCAAAGAUGCAAAUUAGUAGUCAGGCUACUACUAUAAAACCUUGGAGUAAAUUUCACAAUUUAUCACAGACCUUUUCCAACCUAACAAAGAAAUUUGUGGGUUACUUUGAUAAGACAAUUAUUCAUGAAGGGAGUGCUGGAAGUGGAAAAGUAGAAGAAAUAGCUUCCACAAUGAGACCAAUAAGCUCACCCAAAAUCUAUACCUCAUCCAUCAAAUGUUACCCAAAGCAUGUGAAAAAUGUACUUGCAGUACAUCGAAUAGAUAAUCUAAGUCCUCUGGAUGACUUGUUAACAUCAUCAAGGAAAAUUUAA